UGUGUGUGUGUGUGUGUGUGUGUGUGUGAUACGAUAAUACACCUGCCCUCUGAAACCCCCCACAUGAACACACUGAUUACUUUGGCGUACUUGAUUUCCAAGUUCACCUUCAUGGAUUGCUGAAAUACAAAAAGUGAACCACCAAUUUCCCAUCUUUCCACCGAACAUAGUCACUGCUGUUGCUGUCAUUGUCCUUCGCUGUUGUUUUUCCAACACGGAACAAUGACAACACCAUUAAAGGCCUGUCCUGAUUCUGCAGUCAGACGCAUUCCUGGAUCAAUAAGGGAGGUGCACAUCUGUCUCUGCAACAUCAGGAAGUGCCAGUAACGUAGCUCUGCUGAUCACGCCUGCCUCGUGUUCUCUAUAUAAAGUCUCCGACUCUGAGACUCUUCUGCACUCGUCGUUCAGUGAACAUUGUUGUUCCUCUUCUACGUCUGCGUCCAUCAUGAAGCUCCUCAGUGUGGUUCUCCUUCUGCUUCCACUCUCGAUCUGUUUGGCUGAAGUUGUGAAUGAUUUUACUCAGAGCUGUCCAGGGUUCUUCGCUAAUCCGAAUCAUGUCGUUUCUCCUCCUAUGGGUUUUACUGGGAAUCGCUUUAGACGGAUCUGUCAAACUCGAAAUAAUCAAGCUGAAUUCGCGACACUUUAUGACACGACGUUCAGGACCCCAGUUUACUCAGCAUACAGGUUUACCGGACGAGUGAACUGUAGUAGAAGGACGGGAGCCUGGUUUAUUGAACCUCAGCUGGAAAAUGGAAACUUGGGGCCAAACAUGGAUACUGAGUCUGCUGUGGGAAAUAUAGUUAAUCAGGCUGUGAAUGCCGAUUACUACAAUUCUCACUUCCAUAAAGGACACCUGGCUCCAGUUUCCCAUGCCAACUCACAGAGCUGUUCUGAUGCCACCUUCACUCUGACCAACGCUGCUCCACAGAAUCCAUCAUUCAACAGCGGGCAGUGGAGGGUGACAGAAAGUCACAUGGCUGAUUCUCUGGAAAAUAAUUGCAUUAAUGUAGGCCUGAGUGCAUUUGUAGUAACUGGGGUUGUGCCGGGUAAUAAUAUAAUGAAGAACAGAGUGCAAAUUCCCAGUCACUUCUGGACGGCAUUCUGCUGCCUUGAUAACAAUAAUCAACACAUUCGCUCAGGUGCAUAUAUUGGACAAAAUAUAAAUAAUGUUGUAGACGGCCCACUGACCAGGCAGGAUCUUGAGAAUCGAUUAAACAAUCUGUAUGGGAGAACUGUCACUUUGUUUGGUGGUCGAUGUUAGAUGCAGAAUAUCGAGAAAAGCGUGAACUAUCUGUGUUAACACGGCUGUAUCGGGGACAUUUCUGUAGCAUCAUACCUCCUUUUAAUUUCACUUUGUUUCCUCGACGACGCGACAGUUUCAAACAGAAAAUUAAAACAAUAGAAAAGCAAACAGCUGGAAAGGGGAAACACGCCGCACAAAAGCGUGAAAAGCAGUAACUAUCUUGAACUAGUGGAAAGUCCGAGUGUUGAAUGGUUUCAGCGUCUGUCCUGUAUGUUUCCCAUUCAGUGGAACAACUUCUACACACAUACACUUAAAAAAAUGAAAACUAAUCAGAAAUCAGUCAUGUGUUGAUUGACAUAUUGUUGUACUUUUAAUCAGUUUAUUUCUGUCAGUAAAUUGGGAUCAGAUCAUUUAUCAUGAAUCACUGAAUUGC